AUGAAUACUACUGGAAUUACAAAUUUAGGUUGUCCACCUGAAUGGGAUCUGUUAUCAAACACAUUUAGUCAAGCCUUAUAUAUAUAUUUAACGCCUAUUAUAAUCGGGAUUGGAUUAUGUGGAAAUAUUUUGACUAUAUUGGUAUUCUCUCGUACUGAUUUACAACGGCAAUGUGUUUGUGUAUUAACAAUAACCUUGGCAGUUGCCGAUUCAUUCGUAUUGGUAAUACCUGUACUAAUGAUUUGGCUCGAGACAAUCUUAAAAAGAGAAUUCUCUGAAACAUCCAUUUUUUGGUGUCGUACACAUGCCACCGUAAACAGUGCAAUUAUCUAUCGUUUAAGUUUACGAGGCAUCGUUGAUAUCACGUCAAAUAUCACAUUAAUGUUGAUUCUCGUCUGCAUAAUGCAUUUAGUGUGCACGAUACCGUUUCAAUCAUGUUGGCUCUAUUAUCAAGUUGUACAAGAACAAGAAAAUAAUUGUGAAUGGUUAAAAUCAAGAGCAAAAUGGAGAAAUUUCACGUUUACUAUACGUAAUAUUAAUUAUAUGUUAAAUUUUUUUCUUUAUUCUUGCUCAUCACUUUUAUUUCGAGAUGAAUUAUUUAAGUUAAUCUAUUUAUGUUUAUUUCCAUCGACACAACCAAAUUAUCCCGCUUAUUAUUAUCGAAGAAAUAGUGGAUACGAUAAUACAGGUCGACGUUUUUCACUUUCCACAUUAAUUCUUAGAAGAUUGAGUAGAACAACAGAAUAUACAAACGGUUAA